AUGGCUGAAAACAGGCACAUAAUGGAACAACUUGGGGAGAAGUUGGGCGUAGACAGAAAAGUAAUCUGUAAAGCUCUGGAGCUCAGUGAGCUGUUGGAGGCACGUGCUGGGAUCGCUUCUCUGUCAGCCUUGAGGCUGACCGGCUCCUGUAGACAUGUAAUUUGCCUGGACCUUGCUGCAAAAACCUCUGGGCACAGUUUGAACCAAGUAGACGCUGUGAAGUUGUCCAGCAUGAACAAGAAGUCCUACAGCGAGGCCGUCAAGGUUAUUUCCAGCAUGUUGAAUCUGGAAGAAAAGAUGACUCUCCGAGAACUGGCAGUACAGUUUGGCUGCACUGGGGCUGUCAGCCUGGCCACAGACACAUUACAGAGGUAUAUCUCCGACCAGUGUGGAGAUGUGGACUUCCAUGCCCCCAUGUUUUUAUGUGCUGCUGUCCUUGUAGCUUGCCGAAAACUCAAGCAGAAAAUCGACGUUGUCAAACUUAAGGAGCGCAGUGGGGCCAAAAAGGCAACUUUGGACAGACUUACUGCACAACUAGGAAAAUAUGUAGACGCACCCGUUGGGAAGACGGUAAGAGCCACCAGUCACAAGAGGACUUUGAUAGACAUGGUAGAAGCUGACAUACAAGCUGAUGAAAGAUCGCAAACACAAAGAUUAGAGGAGGAUGGAGAAGACAGGAAAGAUGCUAGGCAACAGAAGACAUCAGAGGCAGAUUAUCAAGAGUGGAAGCGGAGAAUCCUGGCCAGGGCAGCCAAAACUUCUUGA